GAAAAUUACGGAGCAAAUUUCUGCCUUCCAUACUCUGCUCCCUCAUGCCUUAAAUUUUGAAAGCAAGCCUCUGUCUUUUCCCAUUCUCGCUUUCGAUUGUUACGAUCGGAGAGGGGAAGACUAGACAACAAUGUCGACCCUUGUAGUUCCUGAAUCGAUUCCGUCUGCGAUCGAAGACUGCGAGCAACUCAGAAAAGCUUUUCAAGGAUGGGGAACAAACGAGAAGUUGAUCAUAUCCAUAUUGGCUCACAGGAAUGCGGCACAACGCAAGAUAAUCCGACAAACUUAUGCUGAAAAAUACGGAGAGGACCUUCUCAAAUCUCUAGAAAGAGAGCUUACAAGUGAUUUUGAAAUAGUAGUGCUGCUGUGGACACUUGAUCCUACUGAUCGGGACGCUUUCUUAGCUAAUGAAGCUACAAGGAAGUGGAAAGCAACCAAUCAGGUUCUUCUGGAAAUAGCUUGUACCAGGACUUCAAAUGAACUACUUUCGGCUAGGCAAGCCUAUCAUGCUCGUUUUAAGAGAUCCCUUGAGGAAGAUGUUGCAUAUCAUACAACUGGGGACUUCCGAAAGCUUUUGGUACCUCUUGUGAGCUCAUACCGGUAUGAGGGACCAGAGGUCAACACGACGCUGGCAAAAUCAGAGGCUAAGAUACUCCAUGAAAAGAUUAAGGAGAAGGCUUACAACCACGAGGACGUCAUCAGGAUUCUGACUACAAGAAGCAAAGAACAGCUUAUUGCAACAUUCAACAACUACAACAAUGAUUUUGGGAAUGCCAUUAACAAGGAUUUGAAAGCUGAUCCCAAAGAUGAAUUCCAGGCAGCACUGAGGGCCUUAGUGAAGUGCUUGACCCGUCCUGAGAAGUACUUUGAGAAGGCUCUUCGCCUGGCAAUCAACAAGAACGGAACAGAUGAAUUUGCUCUCACUAGAAUUGUUACUACUCGGGCAGGGGUGGACAUGAAGAAAAUAAAGGAAGAAUACCAACGAAGGAACAGCGUCCCUCUGGAGCGUGCCAUAGGCAGCGACACCUCUGGGCAUUACGAAGAAAUGCUUCUAGCUUUGAUAGGUCAUGGAGAAUCUUGAGCAGAGUUGCUCUGAGUGAGAAUUAUCCACGUGGGUGUCCGCUAUUAUCAUAACGCAAGUCGAGAGUAUUUACUGGUAUUUGUGCUUAUCUGGUGUUCUCAUGUCGAUGCUACCUUUUCAUAGUGUUGCUGGUUUUUGUGGCUUUUGGCAUGUUAUACUUAUUAGUCCUAAUAGUUGUAUGGGACAAAACAUCCAAGGAUCUUUUCACUUUCUUACUCGUUUUCUUUUCCUGUUCA